CACAUGGCAUUAUUUAAUAAAUUAAUUUCUACAUUAACACCGUCAUGCUGAGCUUUAAUGAUUAAAGUCAUUCACACGCACGCACCAAGUCUUUCUUGUACCAUUGAAACUUAAUUCAUUACAUUCAUGCGGAGCGGCGCGAGAAUAUGGUUCCCCUCGCUCCCAGUUUGCUGGUUAUCAGCUUACAAAAUGUUUGAAGCCGUCCCAUUCGAACGGCCCACUAAUCUGUAUAUCUGCGUCCCUUUCUGCCUUGUAUUGCGCGUUUUUCUUCUUUUGCCGCGUCAUAUGCUUGCUGUUGAGGCAUGAGCAUAGAUCGCAAUGUUCAGUCGAGGUUGCUUGUUGUUUAAUUUGCCGCGCGUUCAGGUUCUGCCGCUUUAGACCUAAUUGAUCGAAGGUCCUUUGUCUAAGAGGUGGGAUACAUGGUAAUAAGAGGGUAUUGGGGUAACUGCGCAUCUUUCGGCGCAGUCAGUCGGCGGGCCCGCCCGCGACGCACGUGGCGACCUAUCUUCUUUACUCUUACCAAUUUCCCGCGAACCCUGUGUUUAACUUUGAUUGAAUGUGACUUGAUUAAUGGAUACCCUGGAAAUUUAAUAACUAUAGUAAGUUGCGCUUAGCGAUCGUGUUCCGUAUUGACUGUAUCACGGUAUUGUGAUCGGGUUAAUUGAGUAACCCGGAGAUAAUUAGGAUAGAGUAAACUGUCGUGUUGAGAGCAAUUAAGGAUGUGAACUUCAUCAUCGGGCCGUCAAUGACGACAAAAAUUAUCUGACCCCAUCGGAAAAUGCGGUCACAGGCAUCAAAAACUUUGAAGAAGGGAGUUGUGAGCAAAACAGGUUUCAAGGCACGAUCCAAUACUAAGCAAGUCAAGAAAAAACUCGUGAUACCCAAAAAGGGAAAGAAUUUGGCGAAUAAAACCAUAUCGAGAAACGCUAAAAAGACAUUAGAAGAUGCUAUCCACCAGAAAGAUGAGGAUGAAUCUUCUAAUUCAGAUAAAAGCUAUAGCUCUGAUUCAGCAAAAGCGGGAACAUCAAAAGCUAGUUCAUCGCGUAGUGCCUCGCCUACAAAAAAGACAAAAAAGGAUCCCAAGGAGAAAAAGGAGUCUCCAAAAGGGACAGCAAGUAUAAAGAAAGUUUUGGCAAAAAAAUGUCCUAAAAAACCCAAAUCCCCACCAAAAUCUAAAUUGAUAACGGCAACACAGGGGGAUGACAAUGAUAAUAUUAAGUACAAAAUUAAUUCUUCUUUACCCAAAAAGCUAACAUCGAAAGUUGCUAAAGCUAAAGUGCUUUUAAAGAAAUCUAGUGGAAUACAAAAAAAGAAAACUACACCUGCAACUAAACUCGAAGGAUCAGAUAAAGAUGACAAAAAGGACGAAAUUAUGUCUCAAGAAACUAAAAGUAAGGAAUACGGGGAAAACAGUAAAGAGAUAAUUGCCGAUUCUAAAAAUGAGGCUGAAAACCCCUAUGAUGAAAAACCUGAUGAUAAAGUAUGUUUCAAUAAUAGUGGCUUAGCAAGUACUUUUCAAAAAACUUCUGCGUUAAAUUCGACUGAAACAUCAGCUAAAAUUGAAGUCGAAAGGCCCCCUAAAUUUUUUACUUCCAGUCGACCGCCACGAACGGUUGAUAUUGAUGUCAAGUGUUUUAAAAACUCUAAAGGCAGCCUUAGCGUUUCUGAGAGAUUUUUGUCAAUGAAGUGCGAAACAAAGACAGACGAAAACACUAAGGAAAAGAGCGUCUUAAAUACCUUGGUGACACCUGGUCCCGAAAUUGAUGUCUAUACAUUUACCGAAAAAGUAGAUUCCCCGAAAAGUAUAUUGUCAGGCUUCCGAAGUCCUGUAAAUAAGAACGUAGGUCGGGUGCGUCCGAUUGCUAGAGUAAAAGGAACUAUUAUUGACAAAAAAGAAUUAGAGAAAAAGAAGUAUUCGCCCCAUCGCCCUAUCGAAGAAGUUGUCAAACAGCUAAAGGCUAAGAAAGGUAAUGAAGAGCUAAAUACUGUUCAAAUUGAUGCAAACUCAGGCUUAGCUGUAUCUGCAGUUGAUAGUAUAGACAAAGAAAUUGAGGAAAAACCAAUAGUUAGUAAGUCUUACAAAAUGGUGGCACGUAAAUCCAGUAUCACAGGAAAACCAUUCAGUCCAAUUAAAUUUCUUGAUCAAGAGCCUGUAAUAAAUAAGAGUGACAAAGAAAAAGCUCUUAAAACAUCCCCACCUACUAAGAAAACAACUUCUAAAGUGAAAAAGUCAAAUAAGAAAAGUAGCCUAUCAGAUGAAGAUAUAGAUACAUCUAAAUUUGCUCUUAACACUAAAUCAUUCCAUUAUACAUCAUCGGAUGAAAGCCACAGCGAAUCAAACGAUGAUCAUGACUCAAAAGACUCCUCUGGCUCUGAUUCACCUAAGAGCAAGAAAACUAAAGCUAAGAAAUAUAAACGCAUUACUGAUGGGGCUAAGAAAAAUACUUCCAAGGAAUUAAAAGAACUUUCUAAAGAUUCUCUCAUUGACCUAAAAGAUGAAUCUGUUUUACUUGGAGGCGAAAAACCAAGUAAAAGGAGACUAAAACUAUUAUCUAUGUGGUCGGGGCCUAAAAAGCACAGAAUGGCUUCACUUAACGCCAUUGCUAAAGUACACUGUCUCUACGAAAAUGAAAGCAGAACACAUAUGGAAUUAGGUCUUAUGAAAACAAUUGACAGGCCUGUGCUACCUAGUACAUCUAAAGCGACUACAGUUAAAAAGAAAGAAACGAAACCAAAAGAAAUGAAUCAGGGAGAGACCACAUCUGAAUCUGAUUACGACAGUAAGAAAGACAAUAAAAAGGAAGAUAGUUCAGAGAGCUCAGAUGAUAAUCCACCAGUUCAACGAUCUUUACGAGGAGUGCCUGGAAUAAGAAGCGCUGGGAAAUAUUGGGAUCCCAAAUCGUCAACCUCAUCAAGCGAAGACAGUGAAUUAGAAUCUAAAAAGAAAACUGUCAAUGUUGACAAGAAGAAAUCCACUCCUAAAGCAUCAUCAAGCAAAUCUGAUACAGAAAAACCUCCGGCCAAAAUGAAGAAAACUGCCGGAGUGCCUGUAAAAAAGAAACGAAAUCGAAACGAAGUCGUGAUGGAUCUAAAAGACAUGGUUGUACAAAAAAGAAUGGCGAGUCUAAAUGCCACCGCUAUACUGGCGGCCAGUUACGAAAAACGAUCACCUAAAUCUAGCAAGGACGACACGACGUCGGAUUCUUGUAGCGAUGAGUCUUUUUCUCAGAAGCCAAAAAACGGGGUAAGUUCCGGCGUUAAGUCGGAAGCAAAAAACGAAGAAACUAAAAAGGAAAAAGACGAUACAACAACAAAGGAUAGGAAGCAAAAGGUUGAAGUGAUUGUGAACCAAGACACUGACGUCACAAUUACCGGAGUUUAUUCGACACACCAUCACGAAGGCUUCUGUACCGUUUCUGGGAUGCAAUAUCGUAUAUCCUCAACCAGUCACACCCAGACGACGGCAACUGCAAAUUGCGACAAGGAGGGCUGUUCCCGUGAAGAUGGGGCCCGCUACACGCCCCUCUCAGCCCUGUCGUCCAUGCAGCCUCCGGCCGAACACGUCCACACUCAUCCGCAUCCAGUGACCGAGCUUGGAGGGCUGGCGCGCCGAGCUGCGGGUUGCAGCGCCUUCUCCGCGCCCUCGCCGGCUGCUCACCACGAACCAGGAUACUACCAGCCGGCCGGACCGCUGAUCAAGGAAGCUGCUGGCGACACAGAGCGCGCGCUCGCGCGGUACCACCCCCCGCCGCAUUACCACGCCCCGCACCCACCGGUACUUCAGCAGUAUGGGCCCUACUACCCAUCUGCUGAUCUCUGCUAUCAGUACUAUAGGCCGCCGGGGCGCUACCAUCUGCCGCCACCGCAACCCGACGCACCGAUGGUGGGAGUCGCCAGUGAUUCGUAUCCUCCGCCACAAUACUACGGCCAGCCGCCGUGCUACCAGCACUCACCACAGAGGAUACCAUAUGUCGAAUACCGCGGAUGCCCGUGCCCAAUUAACGCGUGUCCAAAAAACGUCCUUAUUGGGCCCGCUACUGGUAAAGCCCCUACCGGUGGCGGCCCGGCAGACGUUCCACCUGCCCUCGCGCCGCCCGGGGGCGCCUUCCGAGCGAAGGUGCGGGCGUGCGCGCUGGACGCCGUGUCCGACACCCACGGAAGCGGAAAGGAUCCGCCUCUAGAACCAGAGCCGCCGGCAGCAGCAGACGCUCCGCACCCGUGUCCUGUGCCAGCCAUAGGCGGCGCCUCGCCGAAGCGGGAGUUUGACGUGCGCGACGCGCUCCGUCUACCGCGGGAGCUGCCCGGCCCCGAGCCCGGCCCGCCGUCACCCGCACGAGGCUCGGCCGGUGCGUGCGCACCACAACCACCCCCGUCAGCGCCGCGACGCGCGCGUCUCGGCAAAGCCAUGGCUCGCCGCUCCCUUGCCGGCGACGACACCGGCUUACUCCUCCAACCACCGACCGCGUCACACAGCGACGCCGACGAUGACGUGCUCGCUAUCUCCCCUCCUCUCUGCGUUCCCAUCGAUCUGUCCUCUUCUGAUGAACGAACGACGCCUCUAGUCGAUGUUAAGAAGGAGAACGAGGGCCCGACUUAUUCCCCGCCGCGAAAGGCAGAGACGCUCGCCCUACGAGAACACAAUAUGGCCUUGAUAGAGGCAGCUGCGGCACCCGAUGCGCCUGAGACGGUCAAGCGGAGAUACUCCAGACCGAAGCUGGAGAUUGAAAUGAAAGACGCGGAACUAGAAGAUCCUUGCCGGACAAACGGCAUUGGCGAACAUGUGAAACUCCAGAAGCGCAGAAAGGUCUCGAGCGAACAGACCGAGACCCGCGUCGAGACAGUCACGAGAGAGCCUAAGAGGAAGACCCAGAAGCCGAGGCGGACACCCAAAACGCCCGCCGCGGAGAGAAAAUCUCUGAAGAGGAAGUCAGAUAAGUCCGCGGAGGAACCGGAGGCAAAGAAAGCUGUCGUGGAGCACUCUGCCGUCAGCGAGGACCCGCGGCUUAAGAACGUGGCUGCGCUUCCAGAAGAUACCGUCUCCAUGAAACCCAAAACUAAAAGUGCCGUACUGCUCGAUAAUUUGUUAAGGAAAAAUAGUAUUGAUAGGUUGGACGCGAAAGGAUACGGCUCCGACAAGGAGAUCAAUCCCGCUGAACUAUUCUUUUCACCGAGCGAAAAUAUCGCGCAAACAAAAAAGACAUUAAAUAUCAAUAAUAAUAUUGUGGAUACCAAUGGUACCGUCAAUGGCGUUAGGUCCGCGGGAUCGCCCGUGAUAGAGAAAAAAGUAACCAAGAAAGCGUGUAAAAUAGAGAAAAUCGAUUCUAAAAUAACGCACAAUUUAAAAUCAGUAUUAAAACCCACCGAGAAACAGGAUUACGAGGAGGACGCUAAAGUGCCAACAAAGUGUGAAACCGAAAAGAAUAGUACCGUGGUCUCUGACGAAGCAACUCUAACAGAGGCCGUAAAGGACAAAAGUGAGGCCGAUAAAGACAAAAGUGAGUCCGCCACGGAUGAUAGUGUCAGUGUUAGUAAUAAAGUUCCCGAAGUGAAGAAAGCGGUAAAGAAGCCUGAGGCCGUUAAAGAGGAUGCCCCGAAGGAGGCCGAGAAGGAAACAGACAAGGAAAGGGCCAAGGAGGUUCCGAAGCCGGUGAAGCGGUGCAAGCUCGUCGACAAGGCUGUGGGAGAAAAGGUGAAACUGUUCGCAAAGAAGCCCGUGAUCAAGACCGACGAAGCUGCUCUCCUGGUGGAGGACGCGUGCGCGUCGCCGACGCCGAGUGCGGGGCGGCCGCGGCGGGUGCGGCGGCGGCGCUCGCUGGCCGGCGCCGCGCUGCGCCGCCGCCGCGCCGUGGCGCCGCCGCCCGAGCUGGCGCUGGAGCCGCGCGCGCCGCCGCGCUGGAGCAACGGCUGGACGUGGGACGGCGAGGAUCACAUCUCUAAAGUCUACCUCAAUAACGACAGCCGGCUGGACCGCACGGCGCGCUGCUGGUCGCGCAUGACGCACGCGAGCGGGGACCGCGUGGCGCGCGGGGACUGCGUGCUGCUGCGCGCCUCCUCGGCGCGCGCGCAGCCCUUCGUGGCGCGCGUCGCCCGCCUCUGGGAGAACCCCGACGACGGUGAAAUGAUGGUGUCCCUCGUGUGGUACUACCGGCCGGAGCACACGCACGGCGGCCGGCAGCCGGACGACGCGCCGGACGAGGUGUUCGCGUCCCGCCACCGCGACGCCAACUCCGUCGCCUGCAUCGAGGACAAGUGUUACGUGCUCACCUUCAACGAGUACUGUCGAUACAGGAAGCGGCUAAAAGCUAUCGAGGAGGGCGUGACAGUGGCGCCAUCUAUCGUGCCGCCGAUGCCGGCGGCGGACAUCACGCCGGCCGUGGCCACGAACGACUCCAAGCUGCCGCCCACAGUCUCCCCCGAGCUCGUACUCUUCUGCCGCAAGAUCUACGACUUCCGCUCUAAGAAGAUCCAGGUCCCUAACAAGUGAAAACACCAAAGUUAAUUUAGGACUCCCUCGUAGACCCUAAUACUAGUACAAAACGUUCCCGGUGCAAAUAGUAGUAUCGCCAUUUUUGUAUGAUUAUUCGUACGCCGUUCCCCUGUGUUGCUAUGUGACGUGAUUUGGCGUAUCGCUACUUAUGUUGAUUUCGUUUCGUUGAAGAAGUAUCAAGUGAUGCCUUUUAUAAUGUGUAAGUAGGUUGUAAGUGACGGACGGUUUGUGUAGUGAUAGCGACGUAUUAUCUAUAAUUUGCUUAGAGUGCGCUGCGUCCUAUUUAUGUAUAAUUUCUGUAGGAACUGAGUGUAAAAUUUAAUCUAUUUUCUCGUAGAUGAUUGGAUUACGGCUAACGAUAAGUUUCGAUUAGGCUGGAUGUAAAAGGCAUUUAUAAUUACUUUUAAUUUACCUUAUUGUUACAUUGUUGUCAAUGUAGAGUCUAUAUUAAAUUAUUAUUUUUAGUUAAGCAUAUUAUUUUAAAUCAGUGCAAGGCCUGGUCCGCUACCGGCCGAGGAUCUCCCAGUUUUCUGUUUACGUUCCUUCACGUUCAAAUCAUUACCAUAUUUACAAUUUUUUACGAAGCCAUCAAAUGAAAAAAUAUUGUGUGAUAAAGUUUGAUCAUUGUAUGUAUCUAUUAUCAUGUGAAAUAAAAUCAUUAUGGAUUUUUUUAUGUAAUACAAUCAAUUGCUGACAAAUGAAGCUUGUAGUGAUCACUCUCUGUGACGCGUACAUCGCACACUGCUGAGUAUUUACAGCUGACACAGCGUCGCAUAACAUUAUUAUGAAUCUUAACGCCAUGUCGUAAGGUCUGUUUUAGACUGUUUUUUGGAAUUUACAAGGUCCUAAAGAAUUGGAUUGUUUGUUCCCUCAGUGUGCGAAGUAUAGCGAGUGCGUGAAUGUAUCUUUACCUAUGUAUACAAUAUAUCAGUCGUAGUUUUGAACAUAUACAUGUAUUGAGUAGAUAUUUCUAUUAAAUAUAUAUGUGGAGUACUCUGCCUUGGAAGGAAUUGAUUUAUAUACUGCAUUUCGGCUCUCUGUACGAUUUCGGUUUUCCCAUUUCUUUACGAAGACUGAGCGAGGCGAGUGUCUCACGCCGUCAAUUGAAUCGAAAUUCGAAAAUGUUACAAUUUCGUUUCGCGCAAUUUUUCAUCCAGUAAUAAACAUAAAAAUGAAAAUAACAAAUGGGAACAUUGUAACAUAUUUUAAAUGUAAUGUUAGAGCGUUAGUGUAUCGGUCGCUGAGUGGAAAAGAGAUAUAUGAGCGACUGUAAUAGUGAAAUCUCUUUAUCAUUAGAGACAUAAUUUUUAAGUAGCGCAGUACAUAAAGUAAAAAAAAAGUAUAUUUAACGUUAUAACUCCCGCGUGGAAGUUCGUCAAAGGGCAUUUAUACGUUUGCAACUUCUGUAGGUACUUACUUCCUUCGCUGAGUCUGGCCAUCAAAAGUUAUACCAUAAAAACAGCAUACAAAAAGGUGUACACAUAUGUUUGUUAUGGUACAACUUUCGUGGGCCACACUACUAUCCUUGACGUUUAAGUUGAUGUUGUUUUUGUAAAUACGCCUUUGUUAUUCCUCGCAAAAUUUAUUAUUCCGGCGGAGAAGAAUCUAAUUCGAAUUAAGAUGAUAAUUGUUACAUAUAACAUCAUCACCGCCGGUCUAUUCCAAAGCAUUAGUUCUAUGUCUAUUUUCUUUUUUUCAUUGCUUCAUGCCAAAAAAUUAGCUGCAAACAUAAUUGUUCAGUAAUAUGAUACCAAUCUCGUCUACUUAGGUUACAAGAAUGUUAACAGAGGCUGCGACUUCCCCACUGAACAUUUCUUUUGGCGUGACAUUUUACCAAUGUCUUGGACAUGGCGGUUUAGAAAAAACGAAAAGAUAUGGAAUGCUGUAACUAUGAAAAAAAUAGGUAUUCCAUCCAUCUAUAGAUGAAUAUCAAUAACUUAACACAUUCACUGCCGGGUCACUGGCAGGCGGGUUCUCCGUUUGUAGGCGCUUUUCGCUACAUACGGUUUUUACCGUGGUAUCAGCUGCUACGCUCUUAGCGAGUAGCUCACGUCACGCCGGCACUGAAUGUGUAAAGCCGCCUUCCGUGCGUACACAUAAGAUUCAAAAUCGUUUAACUGCCAUGUCCUUGUUACCAUAACGACUAAGAAAGUAUGCCAUUCUUCUAUACUGUACGUAUUGAUUGAGCCUAAGUGAUGUAGUUUUACUGAAGCCCGUAGCUAGAUUAUAGCGCGUAAGGUGCCAACUGAGAACAGAAAUCGGACUUUUUAUUUAUUCCAUAAAACUGGGAUUAGGUACUUCACAAUAAAGUCCAAAUUCGAAAGAAGCGGGUCAGUUUCAUGGAAUUAAUGGGAGAUAGGAAUCUUGAAAUGAAACAAAAUUGUCCCCAGUUUUCGUAUGCAGACUCUGAUAACGUUAUUGUCUUCUCAUUAUUAAUUAAUUAGACUAAAUAAGUAAAUUCCAUAAUAAUUAACUACUAUAAGUGAGAACUCUCCCUUGCUUGUAGACCAUUUGUUACCCGUUCUCAGAGUUGCAGUCAAUGAUUUUUUUUAGAAUUAGUUUUACUAAUAAGAAAAAAAUACCUUGUUUUUAUUAUUUAAUUUAUUUGUUUCAAUGAAAAUUAUAUAGGUAUAUUUUUAUUAUUGUAAUCUACAUAGUUAUGUUGGCUGUAAUUUAAUAUUGAUGUAAUUAAUAUAUGUAUUUUUAUUUCAA